CAAAACAAGAGAAACUAACCAACAUAGGCGUCGGUAAAGAAAACUAUAUUCACAAUGCGAUCUUCUUCUAAGAUGGGGCCUUCAGCCCAUCUCAUUUGCGCUCUAGGAGUUAUCAUCAUGGCAACAAUGGUUGCUGCAUAUGAGCCAUACACGUAUAGUUCUCCACCACCACCGUAUUCUUCCCCAUCUCCUAAGGUAGAAUACGAGUCUUCCCCACCACCAUACGUUUCUCUACCACCACUACCAUAUAUCUCUCCAUCGCCUAAGGUUGAAUACAAAUCUCCUCCUCCACCAUAUGUCUACAGUUCUCCACCACCACCACCAUACUACUCACCAUCCCCCAAGGUUGAAUACAAGUCUCCUCCCCCACCAUAUGUUUAUAGCUCUCCACCACCACCAUAUUAUUCACCAUCCCCUAAGGUGGACUACAAAUCUCCUCCCCCACCAUAUGUUUACAGUUCUCCACCACCACCAUACUACUCACCCUCUCCUAAGGUAGACUAUAAGUCUCCCCCACCACCGUAUGUUUACAGUUCCCCACCACCACCUUACUACUCGCCUUCCCCUAAGGUUGAGUACAAAUCUCCUCCACCACCAUAUGUUUACAGUUCCCCACCACCACCAUACUACUCACCAUCUCCUAAGGUAGACUACAAAUCUCCUCCACCACCGUAUGUUUACAGUUCUCCACCACCACCAUACUACUCUCCAGCCCCUAAGGUAGACUACAAGUCUCCACCACCACCAUAUGUCUACAGUUCUCCACCACCACCAUACUACUCCCCAUCCCCUAAGGUAGACUACAAGUCUCCACCACCACCAUAUGUUUACAGUUCUCCACCACCACCAUACUACUCGCCUUCUCCUAAGGUGUACUACAAGUCUCCACCACCACCAUAUGUCUACAGUUCUCCACCACCACCAUACUACUCCCCAUCCCCUAAGGUAGACUACAAGUCUCCACCACCACCAUAUGUUUACAGUUCUCCACCACCACCAUACUACUCGCCUUCUCCUAAGGUGUACUACAAGUCUCCACCACCACCAUAUGUCUACAGUUCUCCACCACCACCAUACUACUCCCCAUCCCCUAAGGUAGACUACAAGUCUCCACCACCACCAUAUGUUUACAGUUCUCCACCACCACCAUACUACUCGCCUUCUCCUAAGGUGUACUACAAGUCUCCACCACCACCAUAUGUCUACAGUUCUCCACCACCACCAUACUACUCCCCAUCCCCUAAGGUAGACUACAAGUCUCCACCACCACCAUAUGUUUACAGUUCUCCACCACCACCAUACUACUCGCCUUCUCCUAAGGUGUACUACAAGUCUCCACCACCACCAUAUGUCUACAGUUCUCCACCACCACCAUACUACUCCCCAUCCCCUAAGGUUGUAUACAAAUCUCCUCCACCACCAUAUGUUUACAAGUCCCCACCACCACCAUACUACUCACCAGCCCCAAAGGUAAACUACAAAUCUCCACCACCGCCAUAUGUUUAUAGUUCUCCACCACCACCAUACUACUCGCCUUCUCCCAAGGUGUACUACAAGUCUCCACCACCACCAUACAUCUACAGUUCCCCACCACCUCCAUACUACUCACCAGCCCCUAAGGUACACUACAAGUCUCCACCACCACCAUACUACUCGCCUUCUCCUAAGGUGUACUACAAGUCUCCACCACAUCCUCAUGUAUGUGUUUGUCCACCACCUCCUCCAUGUUAUUCUCCAUCCCCUAAGGUUGUGUACAAGUCUCCUCCACCACCAUAUGUCUACAGUUCUCCACCACCACCAUACUACUCCCCAUCCCCUAAGGUUGUAUACAAAUCUCCUCCACCACCAUAUGUUUACAGUUCCCCACCACCGCCAUACUACUCACCAGCCCCUAAGGUAGAUUACAAGUCUCCUCCACCACCAUAUGUCUACAGUUCUCCACCACCACCAUACUACUCCCCAUCCCCUAAGGUUGUAUACAAAUCUCCUCCACCACCAUAUGUCUACAGUUCUCCACCACCACCAUACUACUCCCCAUCCCCUAAGGUAGACUACAAGUCUCCACCACCACCAUAUGUCUACAGCUCCCCACCACCAUCGUACUACUCACCUUCUCCUAAGGUGGACUACAAAUCUCCUCCACCACCAUAUGUCUACAGUUCCCCACCACCACCACCUUAUUACUCUCCCUCACCAAAGGUUGAGUACAAAUCCCCACCUCCUCCAUCAUAUUCACCUUCUCCAAAAACUGAGUAUUAAACCUCAUAAUCCUCAUCUUCGUAUUCCUAUUAUUAAAACAAUAAAUGCCAUUCUAAACUAAGCUACUGAAUUUUAUUUUAUUUCUUCUUUCCUUUUGUUCUUGAUGCUACUUGUAUCUUUUAAGUUUCUUUGGAUUUGGAUUAAAAUUUGGCUACAAAACCUUCAUAUGGUUUCAUGUUUUUUCUUUAAUAUGUGUAAAGAUUGCUUGAAAUCUGUAUGAAGAAUUCCUUCGCGAAUUUGAAUUUGUAGUGUGUAUUCUUGACUUUAUAACUUUGGAUAAUAAUUUAUCGAUCCAAUCCUCUUGUAUGGAAUGCAUACCUAAUUUGAAUGGAUAAAUGGAAAGUUUAAUUUCUUUAA